AUGAAAGCCUUCGAGACGGCCUCGUCACCCACACCGCCGGCGCUGGCGACCGCUGACGCCGGCGACGUCACCGACCUCGAGUUCAUCGGCGCCACGAACCGCGACAUGUUCUCGUGGCUGCUCUUCAACUCGGAGAACAUGGCGGCUGUCACCAGUGGCCUCGCGGCAGUCGACGCGCCGCCCGCGUCGCUAAGCGACGACCCCUUCCGUCUGCUCGCAUCGGGCAGCGACGACGCGGGUCUGUCGCUCGGGCCCACGAGCGCUCUUCCGAACGAGACGCUGCUGUCGGCCGUGACGCCCGUCACGACGACAGCGCCCGCGACGCCGUCGGCGCCGACGAAGCCGCUCGCGACCAAACGGGGCAAGAAACGGCCGCCAGUGGGUACGGACGCGGCAGCGAAAGAGCUGCUCGCGGCCAAGAGCGCAGUGACCAACACGGAAGGGCUGUUGCGGCACUUGGAGAGCGCGAACAAUGCGCUCGUGCAGAAGCGACAAGCGGGGCAGAAGGCGACGUCGUUGUCGGCCACGUCGUCGACAAUGGCAAGGGCGCCAGCCGACAAGGCGUCGACGUCGAGCAGCGGCAGCGACAACAGCUCGAGCGACGUGACGACGUUGCAGCGCAAGCUGAAGCUCGAGCGCAAUCGCGAGUCAGCGCGCGAGUGUCGGCGUCGGAAGCGCGAGCACAUUUUGGGCGUCGAGGAGCGCUGUCGGCAGCUCGAGCGCGAGAACAUGGAGCUCCGUGGACAGCUCAAGGCGGGGAAAGAGGCGAUUCGACAGGAGGAGCGGGAGAAGAACCGCGUGUGCGAAGAGCUCGAGAAGAUGAUCCAACUCGGCGCCUCGGAGAAGGAGCUGGCCGAGAAGAUUGACAACUUUAAAGAGCAGUACUCGGACUAUGGCCAUGGCCGCCGGUCGGCGCUGAGCUACCACUUGCAUCAGAUCGAGCGGUUGCUCUUGCCGACGCAAGUGACGAAAAUGUGCAUCUGGGCGCUGCGGCAGGACGACAGUUUCUGGCAAGACGAGGAAGACGAGACGAGUUUGCCCGUGAUUUUGGCCAAAGAGCUCGGCCUGAGCGAAGACCAGAAGAAGAAGAUCCAGCAGCAAAGAGGGUCGAUCUCGCUGAUCUGCGAGAACCUCAAGAGUGCACUGGGCCUGCUGGCGGAGCUCAAGACGGAAGUGACGAACAAGAACUCGACGCUGGACAUGGAGAUGGACAAACUGCAGAAUAUUCUCACCCCCACUCAACGCGCCAAGUUUAUUGUGUGGGUGACCAACAACCAAGCGUGUAUGCAUUUGCUGAACAAGCUGUGGCGAAGUGUGCUUUGA